GCAAUUGAUUUCAACCUGACAAAUUUGGCUGAUGUGUUUGACAUUCCUGGACUUAGUGAUAUUCUUCGUCAAGCUGUUCUAGAUCAACUCUCGGCACUUAUGGUUCUACCCAAUAAAAUCUAUGUUUCUCUGGUAGAAAAUGUUCCUUUGCGUUUACUGAAGUUUGUACCACCAACUGGUGUGCUAAGGAUCAAGGUGAUUGCUGGAAAGGAGCUUAAGAAGGCUGAUGUUGGAAUGUUUGGUUUGGGUUCUUCUGACCCUUAUGCUGUUGUAAAAGUUGGUUCUCAAGAGUUCAGGACCUCUGUGGUGGAGAAUAGCAUUAACCCUCAAUGGAAUUAUUAUUGUGAGGCUGUAGUUGACCAAGUAGAAGGCCAGUCGGUGCUCGUAGAUAUUAUGGACAAGGACCCGAGUUCUAAAGAUGAUUUUCUUGGAAGAAUGAGCCUCAACAUUUCUACUUUACUUGCUGAAGGAAAGAGCUGUGCUUGGCAUCACCUCCAAGAUACUAAGACAGGGAAAAUAAAUUUGGACAUAACAUGGGUGGCUUUGAGUGAUGAUCCAGAACAUUUGCCUGCUGAAAUGAUGUACAUAAAGAGUUUGUCCUCUAAAACUCCUCUUUCAUCUUCAUUGUUGCUUGUAUUUGUUGACUCUGCUAAACAUCUUCCUAAUGCUUCACAAGCUGCAUCGGAACCCAGUCCUUUGGUAGAACUGACUGUUGGAGCAAAUAAGGUUUGCACAUCUGUGAAGCCAAAUACCAAUGAUCCUGUAUGGGAGGAGAAUUUCCAUUUUCUUAUGGCUAAUCCUGAAAAUGAAGAGGUGGUCAUUGAGGUGAAAGAUGGAAAAUCUGAAAAAUCUUUAGGUCAUUGUGUUAUUCCAACAAAUUUCUUGUUGAAAGAAAAGGGGCUACAGCUUGACCAGCCAUUUUUUCUGAAGGAUUCUGGUUCAGAGUCCCAAAUUAUAUUAAUGUUGCAACUCAAGAUCUUCAAAUCCCAAACGACUGCUGCAGAAAAACCAAAAGCAGAGGUUAGUGAAGAAAAAGAUGAUUCUGUACAAGAAGAGGAAAAGGAAAAAGAAGUCUCAAAAACCAAUGAUGUUGUUGCUCCUUCAUUGGAAGAUGUUGUUCUAUCAACAGUUAGUCCUGUUCUGGAUUCGGCUAAGGUCAGCAAAGAAGUUCUAGAUGAGAGUCUGAGGCACCGUGGUUCUAGUUCCAAAAUGAGCACAGAAGAAGAAAAAGAUUUGCCAAAAAUUCAGCUGACUCUUCGUUACAGCAUGCAGCGCAACAAACUUAUAGUUGUUGUACACAAAGUUGUUAACUUGCCUUAUAAAGAUGAAGAGGAACUGCCUGAUCCAUACGUUAAAGUGUAUUUGAUUGCAGAUUCUAAGGAAACUAAACAAAAGACUCAUGUUUGUCAGAACACAGCCAAUCCAGUCUUCGAUGAAACGUAA